AGUCAAAUUACAACACGGUCAUUUUCAAGUUUCACAAAUCUUAAUUUGUUGGCUUUGCAAUUAAGAACAAAAUGGAAGAUACAAUCUUCUUCAAUUCAACUUGACCAAGUCAUUGGUUAGACUCAUACAGUCACAAUACUCACAAUAAAAUCUAGCUUUUCUUACAACAUUUGCAGCUGCAAAGUUCAAACCAAACAUUUAACAGCAUUAAUUAACAACAUGAAGAGAAAACCAUUGUUCUUGCUUUCACUCAUCAUUUUAUUCUCUUUGCACACCUACCCUUCACUUUCUGCUAUAACCAUCAUCUCAUCAAACCAAUCUCUUUCUGGUGAUCGAACUCUGGUUUCCAAAGAUGAAAACUUUGAAUUGGGUUUCUUCAAUACACGUAAUUCCUCUAAUUACUACAUAGGUAUUUGGUACAAAAAGAUAUCUAUAAGGACAUAUGUUUGGGUAGCAAAUAGAGAUCACCCAGUUUCUGAUAAAAAAUCUUCCAAGUUAACUAUAUCUGAUGGUAAUUUAGUUCUCUUGGAUCAGUCUCAAAAUCUUGUUUGGUCAACAAAUUUGAGUUCUAGUUCUAGUUCUAGUUCUAGUUCUACUAGUACUAGAUCAAGUUCUGUUGUUGCUGUUCUUUUAGAUUCUGGUAAUCUUAUAUUAAGUAAUAGGCCUAAUGCGUCCGAAUCCGAAGCUCUUUGGCAGAGUUUUGAUUUUCCAACAAAUACAUGGCUUCCUGGUGGCAAAAUUAAACUUGAUAAAGUAAACAAGAAGCCUACAUAUCUUACUGCAUGGAAAAACAGUGAAGAUCCGACAUCAGGUAUAUUCUCUCUUGAACUAGACCCUAAUGGAACCAAUUCAUAUUUUAUGCUUUGGAAUAAAACUCGUCAGUAUUGGACAAGCGGUACUUGGAAUGGACAAAAAUUUAGCUUGGUUCCUGAAAUGAGGUUAAACUACAUUUACAAUUUCACCUUUAUGGAAAGCAAAAACGAGAGCUACUUUACAUACUCUUUGUAUAACAAUACUAUUAUAUCUCGUUUUGUGAUGGAUUUGUCGGGGCAGGUCAAGCAAUUUUCUUGGCUCGAAAGUACUCAGAGCUGGAAUUUGUUUUGGUCAAGGCCAAUAGGACAGUGCGAGGUUUAUGCUUUCUGUGGUGCAUUUGGUAGCUGUAAUGAGAACUCAAAGCCAGCUUGCAAUUGUUUGAAUGGUUAUGAACCAAAGUUGAAAUCUGAUUGGGAUCUUGGUGAUUACUCACAUGGUUGUGUGAAAAGAAACAAGUUUCAAUGUGAGGUAUCUUCCAAGCCUUCUAGCGGUGCCAAGGAUAAAUUCUUAUCCAUAUCCAGUCUGGCUUUGCCUGAAGAUGCAAAACAUGCUGUGGAAGCUGGUUUAGUUGACGAAUGUGAGUCAACCUGUUUGAGCAACUGUUCUUGCACUGCAUAUGCUUAUAACAGUAGCGGUUGUUUCAUUUGGAAGGGAGAGUUCUUGAAUCUGAAACAGAUUUCUCAAGAUGAUAGGAAUGGACAGACUUUGUUUCUAAAACUUGCUGCAUCUGAGUUUUCUGAUUCUAAAAGCAACAAAGGGAUAACAAGCAUUGGUAUUGUUUCUGGUGCUGUUGGCGGUAUAGUGGUUCUCUUUGUUUUUGUUCUAAUUGUCGUGAUUAGGCGAAGAAAGAGACUAGCUGGAGCAAGAACUUCUGUUGGGGGCUCAUUGAUAGCAUUUGCAUACAGAGAUUUGCAAAAUGCUACCAAGAAUUUCUCAGACAAACUUGGAGGAGGAGGUUUUGGUUCUGUUUUCAAAGGAACAUUACCUGAUUCAAGUGUCGUAGCGGUGAAGAAACUCGAAAGCAUUAGCCAAGGCGAGAAGCAGUUUCGAACAGAAGUGAGUACUAUUGGGACUGUACAACAUGUCAACCUUGUUAGGCUUCGUGGUUUCUGUUCCAAAGGCGACAAAAGGCUUCUGGUUUAUGAUUACAUGCCAAAUGGGUCUUUGGAUUCAAGUCUGUUUCAAGAAAAGGUGUUGAAUUGGAAAGUAAGAUAUCAAAUUGCUCUCGGAAUAGCUAGAGGAUUGACUUAUCUUCAUGAAAAAUGUAGAGACUGUAUCAUUCACUGCGACGUGAAGCCGGAAAACAUUCUCAUAGAUUCUGAUUUUUGUCCAAAGGUAGCAGACUUCGGCCUUGCAAAGCUUGUCGGAAGGGACUUCAGCAGGGUCCUCACUACCAUGAGAGGAACUAGAGGUUAUUUAGCUCCAGAAUGGAUUUCAGGAGUAGCUAUUACCGCUAAAGCCGAUGUUUACAGCUACGGAAUGAUGCUUUUUGAGCUCGUUUCAGGUAGACGGAACUCUGAUCCUUCCCAAAAUGGUCAAGUUAAAUUCUUUCCUACAUUGGCUGCAAACGUAGUACAUCAUGGAGGGAAUGUGAUUAGCCUAUUGGACUCGAGAUUGGAGGGAGAUGCCAAUGUUGAAGAUAUCGCUAGACUCAUAAAAAUAGCUUCAUGGUGUGUUCAGGAUGAUGAAGCUCAUAGGCCAUCCAUGGGUCAAGUAGUUCAAAUACUUGAAGGGGUUUUGGAUGUGUCUUUGCCUCCAAUUCCUAGAUCACUUCAAGCUUUUAUUGAUGACCAUGAGGACAUUGUUUUCUUCACUCAUAACUCACAGGGUGCUGCAUGAACCAGCUCUCUGAGCAAUGAGCAGCAACUUUGGAUUCAAGCAUGGCAUCUAUAUCAACAACCGGUCGAAAGCAAUGAAAGAAUUUGUUCUUUGAAAAGC